AUGCAGUGAAGAGAGGCAGUUGGAAUUUGGGGCUACAAAGAUUGUGGUAAAGUUAAAGCCGGCCGUGCCUACACACUCAUCAUUGAGUGAGGAGCAUAGGAGGCUAAGAGAGCAGACUGAAAGUUAAGCCAACUUUUUUUUUCUAUUAGAAAGAAUGAAGCUUCUCUAGAUUUCUCUUCAUAUCGUGUUCUAGGAAUUGGUUAUUUUUGAAAUUCAGCUCUUCCAGUUCCCGCCGCUGAUUUCGAUCUUUCUCACAGUCACCCCCACCCGACACUCGCAUCUCUCUAGGAAGAGGAACGUUUCUCAAGAAAACCUCGAAAUUGAUGUACUGAAUUUGCCUCCAAUUUUGUCUCUCCGAUGAGUUCCUGCAAGAAUUGUUGCAGCAAGUCCCUCUUCCGUGACGAUGUCUCCGGCAACCUGAUUUGCUCCUCCUGCGGUAUUGUUCAGGAAUUUGACAACUACGAGGCUCAGAUUUGCGGUAUCAAUGGUCCACAGGGCACAUUCGUCCGCGUUGGAACCUCAGGUUCGGGUGGCGUUCUGAAUUACAAAGACAAGAAAAUCUUUGAGGCUCAAAAAAUUAUUGAAGAUGUUACGUUUAGAUUAGGAUUGUCUCCUUCCAAAUCCAAUGACGUUAGGCUUUUAGUAUCGACGAUUACAAAAGGUGAGUAUGGACUAGGUGAUUGGUUCCCAAUUCUCGUUGGUGCUUGUGCUUACGUUUCCAUGCGUAAGGAUAAUAUUCCAUUACCAAUGUCGGAGGUUGCAUCGACCAUUGAAUGUGAUGUUCAUGAACUUGGCAGAAUGGUUCUCAGAGUUGUCGAUUUUUUGGACUUGAAAGGGCCUGAGUUCCCGGUGUUUAAUAUUGUGGGGUCAUUAGAGCGGGUGACAAGGAAUUCACCGUCUUUCUCAAGAGUAGAAGCAGAUACAAUGGAGAGAAUGAUUAAGCAAGGAAUCUUUUUGUUACAGUGUGCUAUGAAAUGGUUUCUGACAACUGGGCGGCAACCAUUACCUAUGGUGGCUGCUGUGCUGGUUCUAGUGUCAGAAUUGAAUGAGGUCAAAGUCAGUAUUGACAAUGUAGCAAUGGAGGUUCAUGCCAAUGUUUCUACGAGUAAGAAGAGGUACAAGGAACUUUUGCAGGCACUUGUGGAGGUUGGCAAAAAGUUGCCUUGGGGAAAGGAUAUCACAACGAAGAAUAUUGUGAAGAAUGCACCUUUCGUGAUCCAGUAUAUGGAGUUGAAAUCAAUGGCAAAUGCUGGUGCUAAGGGGAAGAAUUUGGAGAAUGUGGGGAUUGAUUUGCAGGACGCAGUAAACGAGUGUUUAAGAAAAGAUUUUGAGUAUGGGGGUGAAGUUAAUAAUUUGGAAGAUGAUUCUCAGUAUUUUGAGUUACAGAGCAAUAGUAGGUUUGAUGAAUCCAUUGGUGACUAUUUUGAGUUACGGAGCAAUAGUAGGUUUGAUGAAUCCACUGGUGACUAUAGGAACAAGCUCAGCAUUUCACAUGAAUGUUUAUCCUUGAUUUAUAACAAGUUUUUGAAUGAAAUGGAUCAUCUCAGGUCAUCGGGUGGGAUUGUAGAGGUCUAUGGAAGAAAGCAGGGAAGAAAAGCUGGUUUUCACUUUGGUACAGAGUGGUGGGAGGGAAAAUCAGAAUUAAGCAAAAAGCUUCUAUUGCAGCAAUUAUUGGAGACUGAUGUAGGGUUGAAUGGUAUCCCGCCAUCAUUUGUUUCUAGUUGCAAUGCAUACAAAACGAGGAAGGAGAAAAUAAAUGCUGCCAAUAUGCGAAUUCGGAGGAUCAUGGUUCCCUCAAAUGCUACGAGUGGUAAUUCAAGUACUGUGAAGAAAAGAAAGCGAAAGGGAGCUAAUGGCAUAGAAUGGGAAGAUAUAAUAAUUGAAACCCUUCUUCUUCAUGGCGUGAAAGAGGAAGAAAUUGAGAAGGGUCAUUACAAUGUAUUGCUGGACUUGCAUGUAUUCAAUUCUUGAAAUUCUUAGAGGUUUUCCGCUGUUAAAAAUGUAUAGGAACGAGUUUAUAGGCAUGUGUAGUGGGAGAUGAAGUGUACAGUUUUCAGCACGAUUCUUAUUAUAUUGUCUAUUACAGAAAGAGAAGUUGUUUCUCCUCGUUUGAAUGUGUCGAUUGAUAAAGAUUUGGGCCAUCUAUAUGAACGCAGGAGGAACUUGAGUUUAUAACUA